GGGUUUUACGGGCUCACCUGUCCGCCAGGUGAACCCAGGUGAGCUCCAGGUGACCCAGGUGAACCCAGAGUACGUGGAGCACCUGAAGGACGAGGGCCGCGUGUGCGCCAUCAUCGCGCGGCUGCAGCGUUACCUGCAGGGCAAGGGCAGCCCCGAGGAGCUGUGCCGCGUUUACCUGCUCCGCGUGCUCCACACCUACUACAAGUUCGACUACGAGGCCGCCCGCAGGAAGGGCGGGGCCGGCCAGGUGAGGCCGGCCGGGCAGGUGAGGCAGGACGGGCAGGAGAAAGGAGACGGGCAGGAGAAGGACGAGCGGCAGGUGAAGGAGGACGGGCAGGUGAAGGAGGAGCAGCAGGAGGAGGAGGAGGAGGACGAGGAUUCGGAGGCGCUGAUGGAGAGGCUGUGCAGGUUCGUGUACGCCAAGGACCGCACGGACCGGAUCCGCACCUGCGCCAUCCUGUGCCACAUCUACCACCACGCCCUGCACAGCCGCUGGUACCGCGCCCGCGACCUGAUGCUGAUGUCACACCUGCAGGACAACAUCCAGCACGCCGACCCACCUGUGCAGAUCCUCUACAACCGCACCAUGGUCCAGCUGGGCAUCUGCGCCUUCCGCCAGGGGCUGAUCAAGGACGCGCACAACGCGCUGCUGGACAUCCAGAGCUCCGGGCGCGCCAAGGAGCUCCUGGGCCAGGGGCUGCUCCUGCGCAGCCUCCAGGAGCGCAACGCCGAGCAGGAGAAGGUGGAGAAGCGCCGCCAGGUGCCCUUCCACAUGCACGUCAACCUGGAGCUCCUCGAGUGCGUCUACCUGGUGGCCGCCAUGCUGCUGGAGAUCCCCUACAUGGCGGCGCACGAGUUCGACGCCCGCAGGAGGAUGAUCAGCAAGCAGUUCCACCACCAGCUGCGCGUCGGCGAGAGGCAGCCGCUGCUGGGUCCCCCCGAGUCCAUGCGGGAGCACGUGGUGGCCGCCUCCAAGGCCAUGAAGACGGGCGACUGGCGGCGCUGCCACCGCUUCGUGGUCAACGAGAAGAUGAACGGCAAAGUCUGGGACCUGUUCCCCGAGGCCGACCAGGUGCGCGCCAUGCUGGUCAGGAAGAUCCAGGAGGAGUCGCUCCGCACGUACCUGUUCACCUACAGCAGCGUCUACGACUCCAUCAGCAUGGAGACGCUGGCGGCCAUGUUUGAGCUGGACCUGCCCACGGUGCACGGCAUCAUCAGCAAGAUGAUCAUCAACGAGGAGCUGAUGGCCUCGCUGGACCAGCCCACGGCCACGGUGAUGAUGCACCGGACGGAGCCGACGGCCACGCAGAACCUGGCGCUGCAAUUGGCCGAGAAGUUGGGGAACCUGGUGGAGAACAACGAGCGGGUGCUGGACCAGCGGCAGGGCGCCUACGGGGGGUACUUCCGAGACCAGAAAGAUGGCGGAUACCGCAAGGGCGACGGAUACCUGCGGCGGGGCGGCUUCCGGCAGGAGCGCGGCAACUACUGACCCACACCUGCCCCACAGAGACACACCUGGCCCACAGCGGGACCCUCACCUGCCCCAUAGAUCCCUCACCUGCCCCAUAGAUCCCUCACCUGUUCUACAAAUUGCCUCACCUGGGCAAAAGAGUCAUCAUCUGCCCCACAGAGGCCUCACCUGCCCCAUAGAUCCCUCACCUGUUCCAUGGAGGGUCCCGCAGCUGGAAAUCAAUAAAUUAAUUAUUAAAGAGUGCGUUAA